AUGCUGCUGGGAAACGACCCUGUGGAAAGUGCGAUGAACCACGCGUUGGUGCCCCGAUGGGCUAGCGAUGUGAGGCCAGACAUCGAUCCUUUGCCUCUGACACAGCGGAGGGGCCUCAUUGCCGUUUCGUUUAUGGCCUUUCUUUCAUUCCUUGCCACGAUAUCUCUUCUUGCUUUCAUCACGUUCCGCCUAGUUUUCUGGAAAUCAUACUUCCAAAGAUACAUCGGUUACAACCAGUAUAUCAUUCUGAUCUACAACCUGGUUCUGGCAGAUUUUAUACAAUCAGUUGGAUUCUUGAUCUGCCUUAAAUGGAUAAUCACCGAUAAAAUCAAAUCUGGCACAGCGGCGUGCUUUCUCCAAGGCUUUUUUCUCCAAAUUGCAAACCCCGGCAGCGGUCUUUUCGUUCUCGCUAUCGCCUUCCAUACCUUCUUGCUCGUCGUUUGGGGAAUCAAGAUGCCAUACAAAUUCUUUGUCGCCUUCGUUUGUGGUAUCUGGGCAUUUGUCGUUAUUAUUAUAAUGAUAAUUCCUCUGGCAAUCCACGGCGCUGAUAUAUUCGUUCCCUCUGGUGCCUGGUGUUGGAUUAACGAAGACUUCGAAAAUAUUCGUCUCUGGACUCACUAUAUCUGGAUUUUCCUAGCUGAAUUUGGCAAUAUAUGUCUUUACACGGUGAUGUACUUCCAACUUCGGCGACAAAUUACCGCAUCCUCGAUUCUGGGUAAUAGCCAGCUGGAGAGCUUGAAGCGUCUGCGUCGUGUGGUCGGAUACAUGACAAUUUAUCCUCUUGUCUAUCUGGUCCUUUCUUUGCCCUUGGCUGCUGGACGUAUGGCAAACGCGAACGGCAACAUACCAUCUAUCACUUUCUUCUGCUGUGCCGGUGCCAUCAUUACUAGCUCUGGCCUCAUCGAUGUCAUCCUGUAUACGCUUACCCGCCGCAAUCUCAUCAUCGAUUCCGAGCCCAGCCACGGCCGUUCCUAUGAUAGGUUCGCCAGCGACCGUGGACACUAUGGCGAAACCCACUUGACCACUAUCACGGCCGACCCAAAGUCCCGGAAGCUAGGUGCUAAGGACAGCAGCAUGGUGGAUGAGCACGACGGCUCGACAGAUAACAUCGUCCAGUCGGGCGUCGAGAUCGCACCUAUUGGAAAGGUCUAUCAGGAGACCACGAUUGAAGUCACUAGCGAACCCGCAUAUCCAUCCGACGGUGAAAGCGAACGCUCUAGCAAAGAUGAUUUCAAUGAAGCUCCCUCGGGAACGAUGUGGAGAUGA